UUUGACGAGAGAGGAACUCUGUGCCCGAGCUCCUCUCAGUGGUUUGCUGGGGCCCCGUUCGGCCCUAAUAGGCGGUCCGGACUCGGACCGUAGGGGAGUGGGGACCCGGGCGGUUGGGUUGGUGGUCGGCGGCUGCGGCCGCGGUGGCAUUUUUCGGCCGAUUCGGCCUGUGGGGAGGCUGGGUCGGGGGUUGACGGCGGCAGCAGCGGCGGCAUUGUGGGUGCUGGGCCGAGUCUGCAGCCACGUGGGGCAGCAGUGGCGAUGUAGCCUUCGGUGGGGGGGCGGUCCGGCCGGUAUUUGGGCUGAUUGGCCUGGAGGGGCCCCCAGGUGGGGGGAUUGUUCUAGGCUGCUGGUUGCUUGGGCUGCGAGCCCACUAGGGGGUGCUAGGGACUCCCUGGGAGGCUGUUGCCGGGCUGACAGGCCCGGGUGAUUGACAGCUCUUACAGGCCCGGGUGAUUGACAGCUCUUAGGGCUUUUUCCCUCUGUCUCUGUUGGGCCUUCUGGGUGUGGCUGCCUGGGAGGAGUGUGGCCUAGCACUGUGGGGUGUGAUCAGUGGGAAUGCUGCUUGUUUUGGAUUAGUCGAUAUAUCUAAUUAAAAAUAAAUAGAUAGAUAUAAAAUAAUUAAGUAAAUACAUAAAUAUAUAAAUAAAUUUAUUAAUUUAAUUUAAAAAAAAAACAAAAAACACCAAACCAGUAGAGACAGAAGGAGUAUUGAACAAUUUCGUACGUAAUAAAAUCAAAUAAGGGUAGAGUGGUCAUGCCUCCCAGGAAGGCAAAAGGGAAAGCCGGGGGGAAGCCGAUCAAGCCUCCUAAGCGUCCUGCACCCCAGUCUUCAUCGUCGGAUGAAGAUGAUGGGGAAAUGACACUCAUUAAGGGGAUGAUACAGCAGCUGGAGGCUUUGGAGCGGGCCAAGGCACUGCCAUCAGAUAUGGGGGCAGGGCCUUCUGGUAAGGGGGGCAGAACUCGGACGAGGGGGGCCGCAAGGACUCAGUUAAUUGAUUCUUUAUCUGUCAGACUGAAGGCCAUGGAGGAGAGGCUAAGCGGCCCGAGUGAUGUGCCAGUGGUAGUUUUGGACGAGGCAGCAGUUCCGGGGGCAUUGCAGCAGGAGGAGUCUUCGGCGGCGGUGGAGAUGUCAGCUGUGGCUCAGCCGGGUGCUGGCGGGGCAGCGGCUCCGGUGAGAGGUGCUGGCGGGGCGGCGGCUCCUGUGAGAGUACUCCUGUGUGGCCAUUCCUUGGUGUUUUGGGCAUACAAGAGGGCCAGCGCCUCACGUUUUGGGACCCAACUAGGUCUGGGACAGCAGUCCAGAGUGUCUUGGUUGGGUAUGCAGGGGAUGCUUUGGGGACAGUUACUCCCAACUCUGUUAGAUUAUGUUUAUAGGUGUUCCUGUCCGGAUAUUUUGGUCGUGCAUUUGGGUGAGAACGACUUGGGCAAGCGAUCAGGUCUCUCCAUCAUUCAACAAGCCUCUUCUGAUUUUGGGUCCUUGCGGGAUAGAUUUCCAGGGAUGAGGAUUGUGUGGGUCGAGUGGCUCCAGCGCAGAGUUUGGCGCGGGGUGCACUCUCUAAGGGGGGUUGAACGAGCUCGACGUAAGGCGUCUAAGGCUAUUGGCCGGCUCGUUCUUGAGGAUGGGGGCUGGGUGUUGGCACAGCCCAGCCUGUCGGCUUCAUUGCCGCACUUGUUUAGGCCUGACGGGGUCCACCUGUCUGUUCAGGGCUGCGAUUUGUACCUAUCCAAUAUUCAGAGGGGGCUUGGGGAAGUUGUUGGGGAGUGGUGGGGCAGGAAGGCCAAGCUAGGCUGACCUCCCUGUGUGGCAGGGACAGUGCGGGUUUUGGUGGGAAAUAGUUGGGUUUAACUUCGGUGAGCACCCUUGGGACGAGUUAAUUGGUGAUUGGUCAGUCGCUCCCUUGUGGCUUGUGCGGCCCAGGGAGGACGACUUGCCAUGAACUGGCUUCAGGACUUUGCAGAUCCUUGGGCUGCGCGGUCCGGGGUGUGCAAAGCCUAGAAGGUUCCAGACCCUCGAUUGGGGGUUGGUUGAAAGGAGACGGAUCAGGACAGUGCCUGAUGCUCUCCUGAGCCAGGGUGUGUCGCCCAAGCAUGGUCAGGGGUGGACUCGGGGUCCAAACCUGGCCAAUGCUAGGCCCCGCACUGUCUGGAUGGUUGAACAUCACUGUCAAGUUCGCUUGCUCACAGUUGAUUCUUGUAAUAAAGUUAUGACCAAUUCACCCAACAAAUUGUGUCGGUGUUGUCUUUGCCUGGGGUCUGGGGACAACUCCCCAUUCUUGCAAGCAACCAUUUUGCUGUGCUUUGCUCCUCUCCACCUCUCCUCCUCCUCACAAUAAGUUUUGUGGUGGUGAAAUAUAGCAGAGAUCCCUAAGGUCAGAACAAGGGCUUUCUUUUCUAUGACACCACCCAAGAGAAGCAAAGCCUCUCAACUACUACAAAUAUUUAUAUUACUACAAAUAUUUAUAUACCGCUCUUCAACCAAAAUUCUCAAAGCAGUAUGCAUAGGGAAAUACAUAAAUAAGAUGGCUGCCUGUCCCCAAAGGGUUCACAAUCUAAAAAAAGAAGAAGCAUAAGAGACACCAAAGAGAAGCAUAAGAGACACAAUCCAUGAGAAGAGCUUCUGUUGGGUCUGUGGGGAGAGCGGGCUUAGCCUGCUCUCCCCACAGAAGAUCAAAAGGCAGCCCUGGGGCAGCCGGAUUGGCCACCCACACGACUGCCAGCUCCAUCAUGGAGCCGAUGGGGGCUGCAGGGAUCGAGGGCUGUGUGGCCCCCGGAAAUUCCAGGAGAGACCCACGAGCUUGGUCGGGCAUCUACCCGUGUGUCACCACAUGCCAUGGUGACACACAAGCAAAACAAUAGGUUAAUGGAGCAAUUGCUCUGUUAGCCUCAUUUAAGGGGAGGGUGUUCUCGGCGGGCUAGCUGCCUUGGGAGCACUGGACUCGCCUGCAAUCCCAGUGGAUUGUGGCACUCUCCCUUUGCCCGCUUUCUGGGCAGUCUCCCUUGGCCCGCUUUCUGUUGAUCAUGAGAAUAGCCUCACCAGCAACAGCCACUGGAGGGAUGCUGUGCUGGGGUUGGAUAGGACCAGUUGCUCUCCCCCUGCAAAAUAUAAGAUAAUCACCACUUUAAAAUGUGUCUCUUUGCUCAGUUAGAAGGGGUAAAUGAAGGAGUCAACAAAAAAGAGGUCAACAAAGGGGUUAGAAGGGGUCAACAAAGCUAGGAAAGAAUUACUGUAAGUCCACUGUUUUCACUGUAGCAUACGACAGAUCAUCCUGGAGAGAAUCUAUCUAUGUGGUCACUAAGAGUUGACACCGAUUUAAUCAAUCAAUCAAUCAAUUGCACAUAGGAUCAGCAGGGAUUCUAGGAUACAAUAUUGGCUCUCUUUUCCCUUUCCCCACCCAGCAGUUUGUGGGGAGAACUCUCCCCACAACCAACUCCACCAACUCUCAGUUUUUGUCCAGUUUAUUCAUGAGGAACAUGCAGGGUGUAUUCCAGGGAUGUAGCAACAUCAGAUUGGGUUCUGGGACAAAAUAUGAAGAUGGACCCCUCCCCGCUCACCUCCCUGUCUUGGUCUUUGGACAGGCAGGCAGGGGAGGGAAAAUGCAAUCCGUUGCUCAGCUGGUGGGCCCCCAUCCCUUGGGGGCCAAAGGACAUUUGUCCCUGCUUGUUCUGUUAUAGCAGUACUCUUGGUCUAUUCACAAGUAAGGGUGCAGGUUCUGCUUGUGCAUAGGAGUUCAAGAUCUGCUCAUGAGUAUAUCCUGCACUCUUACUUGAAGUAGACUUGUACCCUACUCAUGAAUAAACUGCACCACUGUGUUCAUGAGUAAACCGGCAGCCUUAUUCACAAAUCAAUUUUGGAAACCAUGAAUUAUGCAAUGCUGAAUUGCUUAGUAGAUGACUGUCUCUACCCCUAUUUUUCAACACUUGGGAUCAACAAAUCUUAACCUUUAUUGGCAAAAGUCCUCACAAACUUCAGUCAAUUUCCAUAUAUUUUAAGAGCAAAUGAAUCUCUCUCUUACCUGUCUGUUUUUAUGCGAGAUCACCGGGUAGGGGCCCUAAAUGAGAAUGACAUUAUCCUGACUUCCAUAAAGCCAGCCCAACCUUCCCUUGCUCCUCCCCAGAACAGUGUUGAUAGCUUCCAACUCAUCACACCAUCAAUCAAAAUCCAAAUGUCUGCUGGAUGGAAUUCUGUUUGUUUGCUCUUUGUAGCCCACCACACACUUUUUCAGACAUUACUCUGUCUGAUUGAAAACAUCUGUGAAAAGCACUGAGCAAUCCAGAAGUGCAAAAUGAAUGACACAAAAUAGAACAACAAGAUAAGCAACAGAAAUAACCCCAGAGGGUUAGUUUCUUCCCUGGGCAUUGUGCCUAACUCAUCAAGGUAGAUGAAAGGAUUAAUGAGCACAAUGUAAAAAACAGUUGUUUGCCAUACAGUUCAUUUUGCCAGGAUUCUUCUGAACUGGCUUUAUUUGAAAGAGUUGGAGGGAUAAACCUCUGUCCAUUCAGUAAAGCAUCAGUAUCGGUUGAGAUUAAUUGUAAGAUAAACAAUAUUAAUAUUAUCACUAUAUGAUGACUUUUCCAACUACUACAAUGAAUAAAUCAAAAUAACAAUAUCCAGCCAUCCUUUAUAACAUGUCCCCUAGAAUUUUGCUUUCCACUCUCCAAGUUACUUUUAGAUCAUACAUUUGCCCAAAAUGUUAUGCAUUGUGGGAUUUACUUUAAAAUAAAGGGAACCUGCUAGGAACCUUCCUUUUUCAAAAUAAAUGUUAUCCACAGUUGGCAGUUCACUAAGCAAAACCAUUGGUGGCUAUUUUGUGACACUGUUGCAUGGCGAUCAAGGAGGAAAGGAAUUCCUGCCCUUACCAUUAGGCACUGAGACAAGGGGGGGUGCAAACAUGGCCCUCCAGCUGUUGUUGAACUACAACUCCUUCAUCCCCAGCCACAAUUUAUUGUGGUUGGAGUUUUUUGGGUGUUGUAGUUUGACCACUAAGAGGUGGCCAUCAAAGUUAGGAGUGCUGUAAUCCACACUGGGCAAGCACACAUUUUCUGACUAGAAGUCACCCUACAGACAUCAACAGCCCAUGCCAGGGCAACUGUCCAAUCAGCACCAACUGCAAAUGCAAACUGAAUUUGUAAAGGGAUAGGGAGAGAUACUUUUGAAAGGAAAAGACCCCUUCCCAGAUACCGUUGAGAGCUCAAUGCAAUUGUAAUGCACAUUAAAUUGCCAAGGGUUCUUGAAGGAAUGGUUUUGGGGGCUUCAACAAUUCUCUUCUUCCUGGCAAGAGAAGAUUGGAGUGGCUAGAAUAAUUUUACUGAGGGUUCUGGAGGGGGGAUUGUUUUCUAGCGCUUGUAUAGACAGAUUCUGGGCUUGUACAGGCUUCUUUCUCAUAAGGUUCAGGAAGAGUCUCUUGUGAUGCCCAAGGAACUCUAAAACUUCAAAGAUCUCUUUAAGAUUUGAUUUUUCUUUAUGAGCUAUAGUGGUGGCUAAAAUUUGAGCUAUAGGUGUUUUGUUUGUUUGUUUGUUUGAUAAUUUAGUACAAUUGUGUACCGUCCCAUACCAAAAAAAAAGUCUCUGGCUGGUUAGCACAGUACUUAACUUACCACAGAGCACAGUACUUAACUUACAACAGUUAAGAGACAGGGUGUGUGCAUGAAAAACUGAACCAAAUUGAAUUCAUUCAUUUGAUUCAUUUCAAGUAAUGAAAUGAAUACCUGAGCCACAAAUGAGCUUGUAAUGGCAUAGACUCCUUUUGUCUCAUUCAUUUUAUUUGUUAAUCUUUCAUUUUUGUU